AUGAAGACUCCGCGACCCAAAGGUUCUGGUGACCGCCUGGAUGAAGGGUGCCGGUUUGCAGCGUCGUCCUCGGAGGCUCGUCGCUGUGGAAACCGGCUGCACGCUCCAGCGGCCGGCGGCUGUUUCAACACUGAAGAAACAAAAGACGUGAGAAGAGGACGGAGGAGACAAAGCGAAGAGCGGGGAGGAAACGCUGCCUUCCCCAGAGCCGAAGGGACGCUUCUGCUCAACGUUAGUGAGUCGGUGUCUCCGGUGCAGGCAGUGAACGUCUCUGCACGUCCCACAGGUCAGCUGGUGCUGAACUGCUGGGUUUUACUGCUGCAGCUCCUGAAGAUACGUCACAGUUUGUGCGUCUCCUGCUGCUCCUCCUCCUCCUCACGGCCCCCCGCAGACAGUUCAGUGAUCGCCUUACUCCACGGGCCCCCGGUGCCCCCCUCCCCUGGUCCCUCUUCAUCUUUGGACUCCAACAGUCGGCCAGUGGAGGCGGCGUUCCUCUGUGACCCGGGCGCCCUGCAGGCCCGUCUGAGGGAAGCUGUGAGGAUUUGUGCAACAAAACAAGCAUUUCCAACAAAUACAGACGUUACCUUCCUGGCUGUGGCCGACGUGGUGCAGCCUGUGGACUUCUUCUGGGACUUUGGAGACUCCAGAUCAGACAGAACGUCUUCAAGGUCCAUCACCAGAGGGUACCAGAACCCUGGGAGUUACGGUGUGUUUGUGGUGGCAUCUUGGGCUCGGACCGUCGUCAUCUCCGAUGUGUUCCCGGUCCUGGUCCAGAGAGCCGUGGAGCUCAACAGGCUGGUCCACCCGGCCUCGGUCCUGAAGGACCAGGCUGUCACGGUGAGCUGCCGGGUCAACGCCGGGACCAACCUGACCUUCAGGUGGAGCUUCGGUGAUGGACCCAGCAGGUCUGGACAGAGAACCACACAGCAUGUCUUCAGCAGGACAGGAGAGUUCACAAUCAACGUGACUGUGUCCAACCUCGUCAGCUCUGCGUCUCUGAGCAGUCUCAUCUUUGUUGUGGACCGGCCCUGUCGGCCUCCACCAGUUAAAAACAUGGGCCCGCUCAGACUGCAGGUGUGGAGGUUUGAGGUGAUCCGUCUGGGGGUGACGCUUGAGUCCGAUGUUGAGUGUGACACAUCAGGAGGCCUUCGGUACUCCUGGACCUUAUCGGACUCUGCAGGACGGGUCGUCCCUUUGUCUCUCAGAGACAAACACAGACAGACCCUGGAGCUGCCGAGCCGAGUCCUCCAGUACGACUCGUACACGGCCACAGCUAGAGUCCAGAUCAUUGGCAGUGUGGUCUACAGCAACUACACCGUGAGGCUCCAAGUGACACCAAGUCCUCCUGUGGCCGUCAUCCAGGGUGGCACCAACGUCUUCAUCAACAGGAACACCAAGAUGUUCACUCUGGACGGACGAGCGUCUCAUGAUCCCGACUUCCCCCUGAACCCCCUCAGCUACAGCUGGACAUGUGAACCGGUUUCCACCAUCACCAGCUCCUGUUUCGACCGAGACGUUCCCACUUCGUCCCCUGAGCUUAAAUUUCCCUUCAGCCUCUUGAAAGACAACUUUGAUCAGUUCUGGUUCAGGCUCACCGUCCACAACGGAGAGCGUUCAUCUUCAGCUGAGGUCUUCCUCACCGUCACGUCAGACCUGACUGGGAAGGUUUCAGUUUUCUGUGACGAGUGUCGAGGAGACGCCGUGAACUGGGAUCAGCCGUUUUCUGUCGCUGCAACGUGUGACGACUGCAAAACACCCGUCCAGUUCACCUGGAGCCUGCACCUGGUCAACUCCUCCUCCGUGACCCCCCCAGACUCAGAGCUCGGAGCUCCGUCUGCCAUCGUGGAGGCUCCAGAGACACCCACUCUGGGGUCGGAUCCCUCGGUCCAGACCUCCGCGCCUCCUCGUUUCCUGGAGAAACUUUCUCUCUCCAAGUCUGAAAGGCUUCACGACCUGGGUUCGUCCAACUCUGAGCCCAACAGAAGCCCCACACUGCAUCCAGAUCCCACUGCUCCGAGAGCUCAGAUCACUGACUUCACCUUUGACCCUGACUCCUCUGCAGACGGGCAGGAGUCGUUCCCAUCGCUGGAGAGCAGCGAUGUCGAUUUUCAAAAAUACGCAGGUCCUGAUGAUUAUGAAGCUCCGUUUCCUGCAGAGGAAGGAGAUCCAGGGAUGGCAGCCGGCAGGCCCACUGGGGUAGAUGUUGGGACCUUCAGUCCAGGACACGCGUUGUCUGAUCCGGUUUUAAACCAGAACGAGGGCCACAAUCUGGUGGAUCCCAAACCUUCUGUGCUGAUCCAGAAGCAAACGCUGCUCGACCUUCACCGAGCUCCGAUAGACGGAGCCGUCUUUGAGUCCUACACCUACACAGGAAUCUCCUCGUCUUCACUCAGAUUUAAACCUUUCGGCCUGAGGCCCAAAACAAGAUACGUGUUAGAAGCCACUGCCAAGUCUGGGCAGCUUGUUCUGGGUCGGACUCAGCUGUUCAUACGAACCAACCCCGUUCCUGAAGGCGUGACGUGUCAGGUGCAGCCAGCUGAAGGGACGGCAUUACACACACACUUCAGCAUCUUCUGCGCCUCAGGACACCAGGAUUUACUCUACAAGUACAGCUACAGCGUCCGAGGCAGCACCCCCAGGAUCCUGUACCAGGGCAGAGACUUCCAGUACUACUUCAGCCUGCCCUCAGGUGACCCCAGUGAUGACUAUAAAGUGACUAUUUACACUGAAAUUAGAAGCGGCAGAUCUGGAUCAGUCACCAGACCCUGUCCUGUGACCAUCCGAGUCAAACCGAGCUUCCUCACAGACGACUCGUCUUCAUCGCCUCAUCACGACUUUGAUCUGAAGCUGUUAGAGUCCGGUCUCGGGACAAUGUGGACUCUCGUGCAGCUCAGGAACUCUGCAGAGGUUCGGAACCACGUCAGUGCACUCUGCAGCGUCCUGAACAGACUCGGACAAGGUGCCGAGGCCGACGCACAGAGACGCCUGCGCAACGUGCUCAUCUGCACCGUAUGUGAGCUGGAGAGCAGCGACCAGGCGUCAGCGGAAGACAACGUCUGCAUCCUGAAUGAUCUUCUGCAUGUUACGAAUCAGGUGUCACUGAUGAGUGUGAGGCGGGUGACGUCUCAUGUUCGGGCCGUCUCAGAGCAGUUUUCUGAGUUCACUGCGGCUGAUCACAACCACAGAAAGCUCAACAGUCUGAUCAACCUGCUUUCAUCCAGCCUGCAGGUGGUCUCCAGCUGUGGUUGCACACCGGAAACACUCAACGGUGACUUUGCACAAGAGCUGGAGUCAGAAUCACCCACUGACCACGACCACAUGAAGCACCCAGAAAACACUGCUGGAUGUUUAACAGACUCAUCCUCUGAACUUCCAGUGAAACAAAUGCUUCAUCUGAUAGAUGACGUUUUACAGACGGCUUCAGACUUGAUGCUGAGGCACAUCUUGUUCCAGGAGACCAAGGAGCACAGAGUUAGUGCAGGUCUCAUCCAGCUGCACGCUGCUUCCCUAAACCAAACCUCCACAACCAUCAGCAGCAACUCAACCACCAUCCACUUCCCCGAGUCUCUGAUCCAGACUGUGCUUUUUCACCUCAGAAGACCCAGAGGACCAGAGCCCUGCGUCCUCAGAGUGCUCACUGAGCUUUACCGGAGCCCUUACUGCUGGUCUUCAUCACCUGCCCAGAUGGGACCAGUGGUUGAUUUUAGUCUGUACAAAUGCAGCACAAGGAGGAGAAUCCAUGUUGGCUCCUUCCCUCAGCCAAUCAGCUUUGAGCUUCACCCUCCACAAAGAAACGUGAGCUCUGGGAGUGAGUACGUCCUCCUGCGCAGCCGGAUCAACUACCACAACAUCAGCAUCAGCCAGGAGCUCCUGCAUCAUGCCGUCCAGGUGACAGUGGUGUUCACACUGCCGCCCGGCAAAACCUUUCCCAUCAUGCUUCUCUUCAGGAUGUCCGAGAGGCCGACUCCCAGCAUGCACCACCUGCAGAGGAUUCACAGGUGGGACAGCAACACCGUGCGCAUCACUCUGCCACCAUCCUGCAUCAACGCUGCAGGCAUCUGCCACUUAGCCCUGCUUGACGCUAACUUUGGGAGCGUGUCCGAGAGGAGGCGCAGGAGUGAACAGAUAAGCUACAGUCUCUCGGUGGACAGCAGUCUGUGUUUGUCCUGGGACGAUCAGCAGGAGGCCUGGACGCACCACGGCUGCAGGACGCAACAUCUGGACACAGCAGUGAACUGCAGCUGCUACCAGCUGAGGCCACUGACUGUGCUGCAGCAGCAGAUUGAGAGCAGCCAUGACACCGCUGAUCUGGAUCAGUUCCUGAGCGUCUCUAGUGAUCUGACGGUGUUCAGUUUACUGGUGCUGGUCCUCAUCCUGUUCAUCCCAGUGCUCAGGUGGUGUCAGAGAGCUGAUGUGGUCUCUGAGGAGAACCAAAGAGCCCACUACCUUUCUGACAACAAUCCUGAGGACUUGUGUUUUUAUGCUGUUUGCAUCCACACUGGUCUCUGCUCUGCAGCGUGUAUGACGGCCAAAGUUUACAUAGUGCUGUGUGGUGAACAUGGAGUCUCUCAGACCAAGGAACUACAAGUCCCAGGAUGCACAGUGUUCAGGAGGAACUCUCAAGACACUUUUAUACUGAGUGCAGCAGAGAGUCUGGGUCCAGUGUGGGGGGUUCACAUCUGGCAUGACAACUCUGGACCUUCUCCUGACUGGUACAUAAAACAAGUCAUGGUAACUGAGGUGAGCAGCGGGCAGGUGGGCCGCUCAUGGCUGUUUGUCAGUGAGAGCUGGCUGGCUGUGAACAGAGAUGACGGCCGAGUUGAGAGGAUGCUGCGUGUUCGUGGACUCGGCUUCGCUCGGAUGCUGUUGCUCAGGUUUUCGGACUACUUGGCUGACUCCCACAUGUGGAUCUCUGUGUUCAGCUGCCGCUGGCCCAACUCAUUCACACACGCUCAGAGACUCGGUGUGUGUGUGUUGCUGCUUUCGGGCUACGCAGCCGUCAAUGCAUUCAUUGUAGCACAAACAGAUGAUCGGCUCGAGUCAGGCGUUGUCGGUGUCUCGGUUGUUUCUGUUACAUCAGGACUGCUGAGCGUGGUGGUUGUGUUACCUGCAGCAACAUUAGCGUCCUUCCUGUUUCGAUUCUGUGCGACCAAACCGACAGGAUCUGGAGUCCAACAUGCAACUUUCAGAACGACUGCCAAGAAGGAUCCAGAGGUUCGGGACAUGGACUUGGACGCCCAUCUGUCCCAGAGCAGCAGUCGUACAUGGACACAGGAAGCCUGGAGGUUAAAACACCAGGACACAAACGUCCUGUCGGUGUCCGCGAUUCCAGAAAAUAAAGGCACAAAUGAAGAGUCAACAAUCCAAGGAAGGUUGGGAUUUGGGAGCAGCGUCGGACCACCGCUGCAAGGGUCGUCUCUGACUUCUAUGGGGAGUUACUAUGAGGGAAGAGAGGACAAGCUUUUAACUGAGAGCGACAGACUUGGAAUCCAGAAAACUACAAGGAAUGAAGGCCAAACCUUUCAAAAUAAGAGCAGAUUUGGUUUAACAUCCUCGGGCUGUCUGUUCCUGGUCUGGGCUCUGUCUCUGCUGUGUUUGGCGCUCUCUGCUGUGCUGGGAAUCAGAUUCAGUAGCAGCCAGGUUUUUCUCUGGAUCCAGUCCCUCUUUGUCUCUCUGAUCUCCUGCAUCUUCUUCAUCCAGCCAGCUUUGAUCCUCGCGGCGGCAGUGAUCGUCUCUGUUUGGAACAAGAGAGCACCGAACUCUCUUUCUUCUUUCAGCUUGAAGACGCUUCAGGAGGAGAUUUUUAAUUCAUGGGGCUCCGAUCAGCCCAAAGAGCAGAUCAGGCCGUCUGGUUUCCCCGAUAAAACAAGUUCACGCUUCAAAAAGCUGCUUGUGGCUCGUCAGAGAGUCCGAUACCUCCGUCUCAUGCGCCCGCCGACUCCAUCAGAGCUGAGGAAAAGUCGUGGGAAGAGGCGACGAGCGGCUCUUGUCCAUCAAACACUGAGAGAUUUGUGUCUGUGUGCCGCCUCGCUCCUCCUCAUGACGUGUGUGACGUAUUACAGCUCAUGUGAUGAACAUGCUCAUGUCAACAGAGCCGUCAACAGACACUUUAUGAGGUCUGCGGCGGCGGAGCUGAGCCGCCUACAGUCCAGUGGCUGGGUGGGCAGACAGACGGUGGCUCUGAAGGUCCAGUUCACCUUGUACAGCCCUGCAGCGAACCUGUUCACCAGCGUGACCCUGCUCGCCGAGCAGAGCCACAGCGGCGUGCUGCGGCCCUCUGCCAAAGUCCAGUCAGUCCGGGUUGAUCCCACCCCUGCUGGGUGGGACCCUGUGAUGGUCUGCCAGGUGGAGGCUUCAUUUGAUCUGAUCCAAGUCUCAGGUUUUAUCAAACCUCUGAAGGAUUUAAUAUUUUCUCUUCCUCGCCAGCUGCUCUUCCUCCUCUUAUCUCUUCUACAAUUCUGCAACCACGUGUCCUCGGCUGCACAGCAAGGGCUGAUGGGAAACUGGAGGACAGCCUCCGCCUGGCUGGACGUCAGCCUGCUGACGGUGACCCUCGUCUAUUGCGGCUGUUGCGUUUAUCGCUCCGUCGCGAUGGGUGAAGUUGUGAAUUUCCUGCAGGAACGCAGUAGUGGAGGGCGUGUUGACGUUAACGGCCUGUCCACCUGGGAACAAUGCACACGUUCGCUGCGCGGCAUCAUCCUCUUCAUCCUCACGGUGAAGACGAUGAGCGUCCUCAGGGUGAACAGGACUUUAAGUUUCUCCGCAGCAGUCUUCACACACUCGCUCUCCAGCCUCCUGUCCUCUCCGAUCUCAUGCCUGGUCCUGUUGGUGUCCAGUUUGGGGAAUCUGCAGACUUUCCGCUCCCUUCAGUCUCUGAUCUGGAACUACGGGGGUCUCCGAGCCUCCAGGGGUCUGUCGGGGCCAGGUUUAUCUCCCUGGGGAGUGCUCAUUCUGUCAGUCUCUGUGGUGUGGACUGUGAUGGCGUUUUUACUUGAGGAGCUGGAGAUGUCCGUGGAUGAGCUGCUGCUCAGACUCAGCGCUCUUUCCGACAUCGCCCACCUCCCUCCGCUUCCCAGAAGCCCCUGCUGCAGAGAGAAGGACUUUCCUGCCACCUUCCCCACACCUCAGCCCUCCGACACACAGGCCCCGCGCUGA